AACCGACAGUGACUUCGCUUCGUACCCUACUUGGCCACGCGUCCCCGGGAACCAACUUCACCACGACCUGUCCACUUUGUAAAACAAGACCGGCCCAAGAGCGCAGCCGGUGCAGAGCACCCCACGCCCCUGCGCACUCGCCCUCCCUUCCUGGCGCCCCCCAAAACCGUGGGGCCCUACGAAAAGAGGAACGAAAGAACCGGGCUCAACCCAGUGCAGCGCCAUGAAAGUGACGGACCGGAAGCCCGAGCCUACCUUCCCGGAAGCCGCUCCCGCCCGCCUCCUGUCCACCGGCCCUUUUAAGGCGGAGCUUGGCACGCGAGGGAAGGCUAGUGCGCUUGCGCGGCUCGGGGAACCCUCCGGGAAGAGUAUCAGCCUUGAGUCGCCGCGGGGUGGCUUGCGAGCUCCGUCUCCUCCCUCCCGCCAAGGUCUCAGCAAGUUGCGGAGUUAGACUCAGGAGAAAUGGCCCUGGUGCCCUAUGAGGAGAGCGCGGCCAUAGGACUCCAGAAGUUCCACAAGCCUCUUGCCACUUUCUCUUUUGCAAACCACACCAUCCAGAUCCGUCAGGACUGGAGGCAACUGGGAGUCGCAGCAGUGGUUUGGGAUGCGGCCAUUGUCCUUUCCACGUAUCUGGAGAUGGGUGCCGUGGAGCUCAGAGGCCGCUCUGCUGUGGAGCUGGGUGCUGGCACAGGGCUGGUGGGCAUAGUGGCUGCCCUGCUGGGUGCUCAUGUGACUAUCACGGAUCGACAAGUAGCAUUAGAAUUUCUUAAGUCAAAUGUUGAAGCCAACUUACCUCCCCAUAUCCAACCCAAAGUUGUUGUUAAGGAGUUGACUUGGGGACAAAAUUUGGAAAGUUUUUCGCCUGGAGAAUUUGAUCUCAUACUUGGAGCUGAUGUCAUAUACUUAGAAGAUACCUUCACAGAUCUUCUUCAAACACUGGAACAUCUCUGUAGCAACCGCUCUGUGAUUCUUUUAGCUUGCCGAAUUCGCUAUGAACGGGACAAUAACUUCUUAACAAUGCUGGACAGGCAAUUUACUGUGAGUAAGGUUCACUACGAUCCUGAGAAGGAUGUACAUAUUUACAAAGCACAAAAGAGAAACCAGCGGAAGGACUUGUAGUGGCAUUAUUUUCUAAGAAUUGAAUGUGUCAGUUAAGGUUUUACAACUAGAACUCCCAUGCUAAUGUGAUGGCAGACUGCAAGUCUGUCCAACCAGAGCUGCUCAAGGAACAGAGAACAUGUGCUCUGUGCAGACAAAUUCAUACCUUGUCCCAUUGCCGUCACUGUCUGUAAUGAUUGGCUCACUGCUGAGCAGUAAAUGUGCACGUGAGGUGUGGCUGAUGUUCUUUCCUUACCCAGCGUGCCCUCUUGGGAAGCAGUUUCCACUGACGAUCUGAAAAGAACGGUGUAAAGGUGUCUUUAAACUGGUGAGAUUCAGUCAUACACGGGCUGUAUAAUGUCUCUCGUCUGCUGAGUGUAAACAGGGUUUCUUGCACAUACUCCUGAAAGGGUUGUGCUGUUGAAGUCUCUUACUUUUUUGUGAGAUAAGGCCUUGCCUUACUCUGUAGCGCUGGCUGGGUCUGAAACUGUGUAGACCAGGCCGACCUCAAACUUGGAGUGAUUCUCUUGCCACUCCCACUGAGUGCUGGGAUUACUUACAGGUUUGUGCCAUGACACCCCAUUUACCAUAUAGUUUCAGGCACCAUGAGAUGAGGACGAAUUUUCUGUUUCUCGUAUCAUACCUUUUUGCCAGAUUUCAGGGGUAAGUAUGUAAGCAAAGGAAUAAAUAAAAAUAAAUUUUUACAUAUUACAUUACAUAAAACUGUGGGCUGAAAGUUUCUUCCACAGGGAUGCCAACCGAACAUUACCCUGAACAUCUACCAGGUCUACAAAUAUCUAAGUGACUACUACCAGCCAGGGAGCCCCAGCACAGUGCUCACCCCAACCAGUGAGCCAGCACAGGCCUGGUAGGAAAACCUGCAUUUGACCCAGGUUGGUUACAGCCUGGUCAAUAAGAUGUGGUAAGGAAGGGCAUGAUGUUGGACCAAACAAGAAGAUAUAAAAUGGUUUCCUGUAAGAGAUAUACUACAAGUAGAAAAGCAAGCUACUAUUGUUCAAUGUUCAAUGUUGUAUCUAGUUCUAGGUGGGUUUUUUUUUCCUUUUAAUAUGUCAGUUUGUAAAAGUUAACUCUCAUUUCUUCACAAAGGUUAGCUCCCAAGAUACAAACCCUGUAUUAUUACCUAUAAUCACUCCUCAGAUAGCAGGCUCCCUGGUGGGUUGUGAGCUGCUGGAGGCCUCUUUCCUUUUCCUUCCCUAGUAUCAGUAAAAAGCAUAUAACCACGUGAGCAGGGUAAAUUCUAUUUAGAGGCCACUGAUGUUUUGUGCCGCUAGGGACCAAAUCCAAGGUUGUGCGCAUACUAGGCAAACACUAACCCCAAGUUAUGACAUCCCUAGCCAGAAGUUACUGGGUUUUCUCUGAGUAGACUUUAUGAAUAAAGUUAUCAGUACAAGCUUUUCUUCUACAUUAAGGUCUAACUAAAAACUUAAGCACUUUAGACCAUAGCACAUUAUGAUCUCACAAUGGCAUUUGGUAAUAGAAAUUUGUUGAAUUUGUUGUAUAGACUAUUGAAGGCCUCAUUUUCUUUUAAUAAAUAUUUUGGAUAUCAGAA